CAUUGAUCUUCCUUCUCAUCUCAAACCCUAAAAACUUCAUCAUUUAUGCUGGAUUUUCUUCCCCCCUUUUAAAUUAAUCUUUUCUGCCAUUCCAGAUUUUCUAGUUUCUCUUCUGGUUGAUUCUGAGGCCAAGGAGAGAAACUCCAGAUUAUCAACAUUUCUGGGGAGCUUUUGGCGGUUCAUUGAAAUUCUUCCCAAAUGCAGGGUGGCUGCUAUUGUUGAGAUGGCAUAAGCCCAAAGAAGACCGAUAAAAGUAGACAAGAAAUGGAAUCAGAAAACGGUAAGGAUUCGGAGAUGCAAACGGCGGCGGCGGCCGGGACAUCUCGAGACAAUAGUUAUCCGGUUAUUAGAGUAGGAGCGUCUCACUCAUCGUCUUCCUCUGCCUCCGACAAGGAUGGUGCUAUCUCAGAUGACUCGCUCUCCAAAAUCGGAUUGAUGUCGCCUGAAGAAGCUGCGGCUGCGGCGGGUCAGACCCCACAAUGGAGCAUGGUAAGCAUGUCGCCGAGGUCGGGGCCGGGGCCCAUGUCGUCGGCGGAAUAUAGCCCUCAUUAUGACUGGGGCAAGCUUUGUCCAUCUCCCAGGCAAUCCCCACCUCCCAUGCAGACAAUGGGGCGGACUAGUGAAGAAGGCGGCGGCUAUGACCCAAAUAGGAUUCCAUCUGCUGUUUUCAGUGGCAAACCCGCCACGCCUAUGGAAUGGAGCGUUGCUUCGAACGAGUCUUUGUUUAGUAUCCACAUGGGGAACAACAGUUUCUCCAGGGAUAAUGCCAUUCUCAAGUCUGGGGAACUCACCAAGUCCGGCGAGUUGAUGAUCAACUUCAACAAAUCCGGCCGGCUACCCGCCUCCGAAUCAAACUCCGACGAGUUGAAGAAAUCUCCGUCUAGCCUCCCCACUGUAAUCAAAGCGCCGGAUGACAAGACUGGUUUGCCGCCGCCGGCGACACCAGUCAAGGGAACGGCAGAAUUAGAUCAUAACAAUAGCAGCAGCAAGAAUCCUGCAGUUCAGCAUUCUCUAUCCAAAGCUUCCGACGGCACUUGUACUUCUGCAAAUACCCCUCGCCUUUCUGACGACAGCGGUAACAGCUGCCAUUCUUUCGCAUUCCCAAUAUUGAUGGGUGAAGAAGGAAGGAAUGUGUCGGUGAAGGUGCCUCCCACAAACGAUUUGCAGGCGAAUGCCUCACACAAGAAGGCGGCGGCGGUGGCCGAGGAGCAGCAGCCACCGGCUGGAGAAGCAGGCCAAACUGCGGCGGCGGCGGGGACCCCCAAAGCACCAAAUGAAACAAAAUGGUUCUCUUGCUUUUCUUGUCGCUUUCCUUGCUUUUGACCAUCAGUGAGUGAGUGAGUGAGUGAGAAUGGAUAGCUUUGCUACUUAAAAUGGUCUUCUCUAGCAUGGAGAUAAGAUCUCUCAAGUUGGGGCUUAUAAUUGCUUUGUUCCUUUUUAAGUUUAAAAGCAUAGCCACUCCCAUUAAAUUGCCAUUUAAACAACCCUCU